CAUCCAAACAGACCUUGUCAAAUCCUCAAAUAUGGAGGGCCUCCUCUUCAAUGUCAACAAUGGCUAUAUCGAAGGUAUUGUCAGAGGUUAUCGCAACAGCCUCCUGACAGGUCAGAACUAUAGCAACUUGACACAAUGCGAGACGAUCGAUGAUCUCAAGCUUCAACUUGGCCCUGCCUAUGGCGAUUUCCUUGCUUCUCUCCCGCCAAACCCCUCAACGUCUACCCUUGCCGCAAGAACCACCGACAAGUUGAUCUCCGAAUUCCGAUACGUUCGAGCCAAUGCUGUCGGAUCGCUGGCGAAGUUCAUGGACUAUUUGACUUAUGGCUAUAUGAUCGAUAACGUGGCACUUCUGAUUACUGGAACAUUGCACGAAAGGGAUACUCGCGAACUGCUUGAUCGAUGCCAUCCACUUGGAUGGUUCGAGACCAUGCCAGUGCUUUGCGUAGCAACGAAUAUCGAAGAACUAUACAACAGCGUUCUGAUUGAGACCCCCCUUGCGCCGUAUUUCAAGGGAAGCUUGAGCCAUCAAGACUUGGACGAGUUGAACAUUGAAAUCGUCAGGAAUACUCUGUACAAGAACUACCUGGAGGACUUCCAUAACUUCGUUAAUACGGAUCCAGAUAUGGCGGGCACACCAACUAGUGAGGUUAUGACGGAGAUGUUAGAGUUUGAGGCCGAUCGUCGGGCCAUUAAUAUCACACUCAACUCAUUUGGAACGGAGCUCACGAAAGCCGAUCGAAAAAAGCUAUACCCAAACUUUGGUCGUCUCUACCCCGAAGGAACAUUUAUGUUAUCCAGAGCAGAAGAUAUCGAAGGCGUCCGGCUAGCUGUUGAGGGUGUCAACGACUACAAAACUUACUUCGAUGCAACGGGCAUGGGCCAAGGAAGCGGUACUGGUGCUGGAAACAUGAGUGGUGGGGCGGGCGGAGAGGGCAAGAGCUUGGAGGACAUGUUUUAUCAAAAGGAAAUGGAGAUCUCGAAGGGUGCAUUCACACGACAAUUUACUUAUGCAAUUGUCUACGCUUGGGUAAAGUUGCGAGAACAGGAAAUUCGGAAUAUCACCUGGAUCGCUGAGUGUAUAGCACAAAACCAGAAGGAGCGGAUUGGCAAUUACAUCAGUGUAUUCUAGAUCAUUAGCAUUAUUUGAUACCAUUUUUAAUCGCGAUUCAGGUCACAGCUAUCGAUUAGUCUGAUAGGCGGGAAGGCGCUGGAGGUCAGGAACACAAAAUCCAAAAAUGCUUCGUACACUUCUCUAUUAUACAUUCGUGAAAGUAUG